UAAAAAUACUUCAAAUAAAAGUAUAUGUGAAAUAUUGUUUCUUCACGUUUGAAUACUUAUCUAUUGAUAGUUGCGUAUACGCCGGGUAAGCCCCGCUUGGUUUAUAAAAUGAUAACGACUCAUUGCGCUCUCAAUUUUCCGAGUUAAUUUCGCUUUGACGCCUCUCUGAAAAAAGUGCUCUUCGGAACUUGUAAGCUCGGUUCGAUCGUCGAACUAUUCGCAUUUGGUCACCGCGCUCUGAAUGAUUCGGCUAUGAAGUGCUUUCUGUUUUGUUUACUAGCAAUUGGCCUGGUUUCAGCCUCGGCCAAUUAUAUUACCAACUAUAACUAUUAUCGGCUGCCGGCUGCUUUACGACCACAGAAGUAUUAUUUGCGUAUACUAACAACUUUAGAAAAUCCAAAGAACCUAAGCUUUUCGGGCAAUGUGAACAUCAUAAUUGAGGCGCUGGAGAACACCAGGAACAUAACGCUCCACUCGAAGAAUCUCUAUAUUCACGAGCCUCAGAUUAGGCUUCGCCAUAUCAGAGGUGUUGAUAAGAAGGACAACUGCGUAACCUCGACCUCGGUUAAUCCCUCCUACGACUUCCUUAUCCUGCACACUUGCAAUGAGCUGGUGGCUGGUAAUAUCUACAAGCUGAGCCUAACCUUUUCUGCUGAAUUGAAUAGACAACUGGAUGGAUAUUACCGCACCUCUUACACGGAUCCCGUGGCUAAUUUAACACGUUGGUUAUCAGUUACCCAAUUUGAGCCUGCUGCAGCCCGAAAAGCCUUUCCCUGCUUCGAUGAACCCGGGUAUAAGGCACCCUUUGUGAUCACAUUGGGUUAUCAUAAGAACUACACGGGUCUUAGCAAUAUGCCGGUAAAGGAAAUAAAGCCACAUGAAAUCCAUCCCCACUACGUAUGGUGCGAGUUCGAGGAAUCAGUGCCGAUGUCCACCUACCUAGUGGCCUACUCUGUGAACAGCUUCUCCCACAAGUCUUCCACUCUGCCGAAUGGCACUCAUUUCAGGACUUGGGCCAGACCGAAUGCCAUCGAUCAGUGCGAUUUUGCGGCAGAGUUUGGACCCAAAGUACUGAAAUUCUACGAGCAGCUAUUCGGCACCAAGUUCCCACUGCCGAAGCUCGAUCAAAUUGCACUUCCGGACUUCAAUGCGGGUGCCAUGGAGAACUGGGGACUGGUGACCUACAGGGAGACCAAUUUGCUCUUCUUGGCCGGCCACUCCUCUCUGGUGGACAAGCAGGAACUCGCAAAUGUAAUUGCCCACGAGUUGGCCCACCAGUGGUUCGGCAAUCUGGUGACCAUGAAGUGGUGGACCGAUCUGUGGCUCAACGAGGGAUUCGCCACUUAUGUGGCCACCUUGGGUGUCGAGGACAUCCAUCCCGAAUGGCACUCGAAGGACAAGAGCUCCUUGGCCGUUCUGAGGGGCUCCUUUAGUGUGGAUGCUCUGGUGAGCAGUCACCCCAUAUCGAGGCCCAUUCACAAGGUGUCGGAGAUGGAGGAGAGUUUCGAUUCGAUCUCUUACCAAAAGGGAUCUUCGGUGCUGCGCAUGAUGCACUUGUUCCUGGGAGAGGAGUCAUUCAGAUCCGGCUUGAAAUCGUAUUUGGAAAGGUUUUCCUAUAAGAACGCGGAACAGGAUAAUCUUUGGGAAGCCCUAACUCAAGCUGCACACAAACAUGGCGCUCUGCCUAGGAAUUACGAAAUCAAGACCAUCAUGGAUUCGUGGACUUUGCAAACCGGGUAUCCCUUACUUAAUGUAAGCCGUGAUUACAAGUCAAGAACCGCGGAGCUCAGCCAGGAACGCUACUUAAGAAACAGUCAACUACCUAAGGAAUACCGCGCUGGUUGUUGGUGGUUGCCUUUGAGCUAUACCUCACAGGCGGAGCUGGACUUUAUUAGCACAGCUCCCAAGGAUUGGAUGGAGUGCAGCAGAAAUGGAGAGAGACUACCCAAGACCAUUCAGGACCUUCCAGGACCCGAUCAGUGGGUGAUCUUCAACACCCAACUCUCGUCGUUUUGCAGGGUCAACUACGAUGCCCGAAACUGGAACCUUUUGAUUGCGACCUUGAACAGCGAGGACUUCCGGAGCAUCCACGUGAUAAAUAGAGCCCAACUUGUAGAUGACAUCCUGUACCUCGCCUGGACAGGAGAGCAGGACUACGAAAUCGCACUGAAAUUGACCGAUUAUUUGCAGAGGGAACGAGAGUUAAUUCCUUGGAGAUCAGCCUUUGAUAAUAUAAGAGUGUUAAAUCGCAUUCUUCGGCAGACAUCAAACUUUGGAUACUUUAAAACCUAUAUGAAUAAGCUGCUUACCCCGCUUUACAAACACUUCGAUGGCCUGAACGACACAUUCAGUUCAAUCCAGGAUCAGGAUCAGGUUCUGCUAAAAACGCUGGUGGUCAACUCGGCGUGCCAGUACCAUGUUUCCGAUUGUGUUACCCGGGCGAAGUCCUACUUCCGCAGGUGGAGAAGGGAGCCCAAUCCCGACGAGAUAAACCCCAUUCCAAUCAACUUGCGUUCCACGGUUUAUUGUGCUGCCAUUAGGUACGGCACUGAAGAGGAUUGGGACUUCCUGUGGAAUCGGUACGAGCAAUCGAAUGUGGGCUCCGAGAAACGGACAAUCUUAAGUACGCUGGGUUGUUCGAGGGAAGUUUGGAUCUUGCAGCGUUAUCUGGAAAGGGCCUUCGAUGAGAAAGGUGCGAUUCGUAAACAGGAUUCUGUACAAGCCUUCCAUGCUGUAGCUCUUGGACAAGUUGGCCAUCUGCUAGCCAAAAAAUACCUAAUGGAUAAUAUAGACUCCAUCUAUAGAUAUUACCAUCCGCAAGUCAAGAGCAUUUCCAAACUUUUCGGAACAUUUUCGGAACAGGUUAUUACCUUAAGGGAUCUGAAUGGCUUCAGGGCCUUCGUCAACAAUUCGAGACAUCUGCUAAAGGACAUUCAACAGGGGGUUAAACAAACCCUGGAAACGAUGCUCACCAAUGUCCAGUGGGUGGACCGAAACUAUGACCAGUUUUCCCGCUCCAUCCAGCAACAUUUGCAGAUAGUUAGAUUGUAGAUUGUAGUUAUAAAUGUUAUUUCCCUAAUAAACUUCUUAAUACUAUA